AUGGACGAGCGCAGCAUACGCGUUGCGUUCAUUCUCGCGAGCGCAACCCUUGCCGGAGCCUUUGGAGCUAUAGCAUAUGGCGUUGGCCAUAUGAACGGGACCAGCGGGCUGUCCGCCUGGCGCUGGCUGUUCAUUCUUGAGGGCAUCCCCUCCUGCUUGUCUCCUGUGUUCGUGUGGUUCUUCCUCCCAGACUAUCCAGAGCGCGCUUUGUGGCUCUCCGAGACUGAGAAACACCUGGCGGUCGAUGCACGGGUCGGUGGCGCUCGGCAAAGAGCUUGUGACGGCUUACUACACGCGGUCGGUCCUGUACUCGUACUACAGCGGCUGCUCGCCAGGUGGGCGGCUGGGCCUCAAGGGGGUGCAGAUCUCGCCAGGGAGCUUCGACGGCGUGCUGGUCGGCGACGCCGCGUGGUCCACCAGCCACCUCAACACCUGGGUCACCAAGCUCGCGACCUACAACUGGCCCCUCGACUGGCACCUCUUCGAUCCGCUGGGGGCGGGACUCUGAAGCAGUGCGACGAUAUCGACGGUGCGGCUGAUGGGAUCAUCAGUUUGCCGGAGCAAUGCAGCAUCGACUACGAUCUACUCGUGUGCAGCAGCCCGAAGGCGAGCAUGUCCGCGCGUCUAAGCAAUCCACAGAUCCAGACGCUCAAGAACGUGUACAGCGACUACGACUCCACGACGGGGGAGUUUCUUUACCCGGGCCUGAAGCCCGGCGUCGAAAAGCAGAUGUACGCGUUGCUGAACUACUCCACGUCGCGCCCGUACGGGAUCGGCUACUCGAAAUACUUCAUAUUCGACGACCUCAACGACACCGCGGUAGCGCUGGCGGCGCGGCUGAACCCCGGCGGCGCGACGACCGCCGACUACAACCUCUCGGAGUUCCGGGACCGCGGUGGUAAGAUGAUCAUGUACCACGGCAUGGCGGACGGGCUAGUGCCCCUGAAGGGGUCGACUUUGUACUACGACCAGGUCGCACAGACGACGGGCGGCGGCAACACGACAGCCACACGGGGGUUCUUCCGCUACUUCAUGCUCCCCGGCAUGCAGCACUGCGGGCAAACGACGACGGAUGCGCCGUGGGCCUUCGGCGGCGAGUUCCAGGCCGCCAUGCUGCGCAACGACACGUGGUCCGUGCCGGGGGUCGAGGACGCCACGCACGACAUGUUGCUCGCUGGUGAUAUCACUGCGACACCUACCGUGAACACGUCAGCAGAGCACCAUGGGAUGACCAUCGAUCGCGGGAGAACCGCCACCGGUGCGAUGGACCAUGGCAUGUAUGCCAAGCACAACGCCAGCCAGCCGGGGUUGGAGGUAAUGCCCGAGCCCGAGUUGCCACAGGUCGUCGAAGGGCCCGUCGUCGCUAUCGGGGAGAAAGCGUACGACGGCACCGCGCACUCGCCUGCGCAUUCACCGCCACCGCAGCAGCACCACCAGUACGCCGCGCCGUACGCCCAAGCGCCGAACGCUUACCCCAAUGACGGCACAUAUCCCCCGCCGUCCGCCUACGCCCAGCAGAACUACCAGCAGCCAUCCUAUCCGCAGGAGUACCAGCAGCAGCCGUACCAGCCGUCCUAUCCGCAGUCCACACACACCGGCACCCACCCGCGCGGCUGGAGCGCCUCGCAAGAUGGCACAUAUAUGAGCGGGCCUCCGCCGCCGCCGCCUCUCGAAGGGCCGCCAGCGAGGAGAAUUCUGGGGCUGCGCAUCAAGACUUUCUGGCUGGUGUUCGGUCCCAUGCUGGUUCUGCUUGUCAUUGGCUUGGCCGUCGGACUGGGCGUAGGACUCAGUACGGGACAACAUAAUGAUAGUGACGACUCGGACUCGGACUCGGACAGCCCGGCACCAGCGUCACCGCUUACGUGUCCCUCGGCCAAUUCGACGACGUACGACACAGGUAGCGGCAGCUCAUUCUUGGUCCUAUGUAAUAUCGACUACAACUCUGGCGGCGGCACUACGGACCUCACGCACGUGGUCACCUCGUCGGUCGAGGACUGCUUCAGCGCGUGUGCCGAGAACGGCGCGUGUCGCGGUGCCGGCUGGGGCAGCUACGAGGGCCAGAACGUGUGCUGGAUGAAGAGCGAGCUUGGGUCGCCCCAAGAUGCGGGCGACUGGUUCUUUGGGAUAAGACAGUGA